GGAAUAAAGAGUUGAAUAACUUCAAUUAAAAGCUAAACCAUAUCAAAAUGUCAAUUAAAUUGUUUUUACAUUUAACUUUAGCUGUAAUGGUUUGCAACAUGAUUGGUACUUCGGAUGUGUACGUUUCCAAGCGCAAUGGUGAAGAUAAUAAAUUUUGUGGCACGUAUCUAAACCCAUGUAAUACAUUUGAAUUUGCUGUAAAGAAGAAUCCUCUUUUACCAACUACUGUGCAAUUGGACGGGGGUACAGAGAAAACAUAUGUAUAUUACGUAAGUAGUUCAAUAAUCCUUAAAUCAAGCAUUACAAUCACUUCCUAUGGGGGUAAAAAAAGUCGUCCUGUCACCAAGGCAAAUAUCAAGAGUAUUUAUUCCGUACAUACAGUAAUAAGCAUAUCUAUUUAAAAAUUGAGCACAUUCAUUUUAUUAAAACUCCACUUCUGGAUUGAAACUCAUCUUUUAGUGCAUUAAUCGCCAACUGCAGCUUUAACAAUUUAACUGAAUUCAUUUUUAAUACUAGAAGAAGCCAUGUAGAAUCUGUUGAAAUACGUAUACAUCAUAGUUUAAUAAAACGCUCAAAUCUUAUUGGAAGUGUUCAUGUUGGAAACUUGCUGAUUGUUAUAGACUCCUGCACUUUUUAUGGUAACGGAGAGAAGAAUAAUGCAUUGGUGGACAGUUGGGCAAAAAAAAACAAUUAAAAUCAAGGUCACAAAAAGCAUAUUUAAAUGUUCUCUUGGGAUUUUAAUACACUGUAAUCGCCAAAAUUCUGCCAUCAAAAUAGAAGCGUCUACGUUUCAAGCAGAUAAUGAUCCGUAUCAAAGAUACAUAUUUGGAGUUAAGACAGUUAAAUGUUUCACAAUCGUAUUGAAUAAACUCAAGUUUUCAGGAUUUCAAACUUCAGCUGUACAAGUAUAUUCAGCCUUUAGCUUGACAAUUUAUAAUUCUUCAUUUGAAAGGAAUAAAAGUAUUCGAGGUGGUGCCGUGUUUAUUUACAAUACCGACUUUUGGAAUGUUCACAACUCGUUCUUUUCUUUUAAUACUGCCGGCACUGGUGGCGCUAUAUAUGUCUAUAAAGGAAAAGGUGCUAGUGUUGUUAAUUCAUCUAUAUUUUUUUACAACUCAGCUAAUAUUACCGGCGGCAGUAUUUACAUCAAAACGCAAGUUACUCGUUACGAUAGGGCUUUCUAUUUAAAUUCCGUACGCUUUAUUGGCACAACUCAUAGUCCUUUAACGACCGGAAUAAUCAUUAAUACUGGUGCGCAAAUAAGCUACACAGAUGUAUCAAUAAUUAUAGACAAGACAGUUCUAGAUGCUCCAGUACUAGAUGGGAUACGUUUGGACGACAAAUUUAGAUAUGGGGAAGAUAAUUUUGAUAACCUUUCUCUGUUUUGUCCCCACAAUUUUGGUAUCGCUUACUUUAAGCCUACAAUUGCAUUCCAAUGUCGCAGAUGUGAAAGAGGAAUGUAUAGUCUAAAAGGCGAUAGUGUUACAUUGUCAAUGGUAAACAGGACGAUGUCAGAAAACAAACUUGUCGUAAAAAAGUCAGAUUUCAGGUGCUUUCGAUGUCCUCCUGGAGGGAAGUGUGAGUAUGGGAUACAGAGUAAAGGGAAUUUUUGGGGAUAUAUUGGAAAAAGCAAAGAAAUAGAAUUCUUACCUUGUCCCACUGCAUAUUGCUGCUCUGAAAAGACAAAAAAAUGUGUUUCAUACAACACUUGUAACAAAAAACGAACAGGAAUACUUUGUGGAGCUUGUGAAAACGGACACACGUUGAAUUAUUUUAGUAAUAGUUGUGUAAGAAAGAACAGAUGCAAUCAGUGGUUGUUUUGGAUAUUCUACGUAGCAUAUGCCGUAUUUUACGUGGUUUUUUUAAUGUACUUUAAGAUUAUAUUUAAGACUUUGUACGAGAACUUACGCAAGCUGAAGUGUGGGAGAAAAAAGGCGGGAAUUAUCAAUGAUUUAUAUCAAUACACGCCUUUUCAAGAUAGCAUGGAUGAGAACAUGAAAGAAACUAACAUUUAUGAAGAGGAAGAUUGUCCUUUCAGCAAUGCUGCUGUAUUAAAGACUGAAGGAAGACAAACAAACGUUUGCAUUUUGGGGUUGAAAAAUAUCACAUUUUUCUUUUAUCAAAUGCAAGCUUUGAUAGAAAUAAAUGCACCGGAAGAAAAGGGGCAUAGUUACAUAAUACAUAUUAAACACACUAUAUCAAUUUUUUUUAAUUUCCAAUUAAGCCAACUUAACAUAUCAAAUUUGUGUCCAAUGAAAGAUCUUGAUGCGCUGUCAAAAGCAUCGAUAAAGCUUGGUAAUGUAUUUAUUAUCUUUCUAAUUCUUCUUGCAUUAGUUGCAAUCAUAAAAAUAUUUCAGCGUUAUAAAAACAGAAGAAAUCUUGAUGCAGUGCCUUCUGGAACGACGAUUCACAAAAUCAUGAAAAACAUAUGCAUUUGCUCAAUCCAAGUUGGUUUGCUUGGCUAUACUGCAGUGAAUGUAUUUUGCUUUCACAUGUUAAACUGUGUGUCAAUAAACGAUAAAAAUUACUUAUACAUGCAGGGAGAUAUCGCAUGCUACAACUGGUGGCAAUAUUGCAUUUUGGUUGUAACUAUAUUAUGGAUAAUACGUUUUACAAUUUCUGUGCAUGUUUCUGUUAAUAUGUUACGAAGAAAUCAAAUUACUCUUAACCAAUUUUACCCAUCUUUCGCUAUUCCACCAAUAUCAUUAUAUUAUUACUUACGUUCUUUAUGUACCAAUAAUACAGUAGACGUCAUGACUAACACGGAAGAUAUCGACAAGGUAACAGAGAUUUUUAUUGGUCCUUAUAUUUCCAACAAAAAUGGUCAAUUGAAUUGGGAAGCUGUGUUGAUUGGUCGACGAAUAAUUAUAGCUGCCUUGUGUGCGUUUGUCGUGAACCCAAUAUCAAAAUUGUUUUUUACAUUGCUGGUGUUCCAUGUAUGUCUUCUACAUCAUCUGUAUGUUUUACCAUACCGCACGCGAAUCUUGAACCACUUGGAAACAGGAUCACUUUCAUGUUUAAUAUUUCUUAAUGUAGAAAAUCUAUUCUUUGCCUUUCUUUACAUGAACGACCAAUCCAGUGUACCAGCUAUUAACACUAUGGCAAUGGUUUUUGUCUGGGUAGAGCAUAUAGUACUGCUAUUACCAUUGCUGAUAAUUAUUUUUAUAACACUACUUGCACUGUGCAAGAAACCUCAUGCAAAUUAAAGAAUUGUUUUGAUUAUGUGAGUGAGUACGACGCAAUAUUCACGCAAUAUGCCUGAAUUCCCUCUACCACACUACAUCAAGUCUACCACUCUCCUUAACAACUACAUAAAUGCUGAUCAGAACGCCAGCAAUUAGUUUAACGUAUAUUGUACGUAUUUUUUUAUUUCUUAAUUCAUUUUUGCAGUAUGCACGACGUAUAACUUUUCCUAGUUAUUAAUAUCCUGUUAAUGAAAGUAGAGUGUUAACCCUAUUUGGUAUGGGCUUUUUUGACCCUUGUAAGUAUGGGGCUGUACCUUUUUCUCUGUUUGGUUUUAAGUGACGAAACUUGGCACAAAGAAGCAUCAAUAUGUUGUAACUUAAUUGGUGACAAAAUAUUUGGGUUGACAUGUGAUCACAGGAAGUGAUGACGUCAUAAUAAGACAUUGGUCAAAGAAAACAUGUCUUUUUUUUAACUUCCCGUGUUUUUAUCUUUUUCAACACUAUUCACAGUACUAGUUAUUAAAGAAAACUAAUAAAAGAAUGUAAGAUAUUAUUAGAAAGA